AUGGCGUCGGAUACCAUCUCCCUUGGAUCAAUCGAUCAAGAACGUCAAUGCGUCGACCUGCCUGAUAAGAUCGAGGAAAAAUCCCCGUCGAGCUCACCUAGCCCGCCUCCUCGGGGCGAAUCCAGAAGACCACCGAGGAUUCCUUCUCCACCGAAGUCCGGGGAGAACAGGCUGAGACCAGCUGGAGGUAUUUGCGCAUUGAGUCUCUCCAAGAGCAAUGUGUUGAUGGGGUGGACAGAUAUCAUCAAUCGCAUCAAUUGGGAUCCCACGUUUCAACGCGACGAUUAUAUUAUUGGGUUUGUGGAUCGAUUCGAGGGGCAACUGGAAGUCAGCAUGAAUGCCUGGAAGAAGGACUCGACUGACGAGGAGUUCAUUCCACAACAUCGCGUGUUAUAUAUUCGACAUGUGGACGGGGAGGUUAAAAAGCCAUCUCUCCCACGCCUUGCCACCAAUAUCCCUCUGGAGCGUCACUCUUCGACCUCGCUCCCAGUGCUGGCACCCAAGAUCCCGCCAGAGAUCAACAUGCAGCAGCGUCCCAGGUCCGAGAGGCAGGCCAUUGCACCCUUCCUGUUUGCAGAGGACAGAAUAGAUGAUGAGAACAUCGCGCCCACCGCACGAUAUGCCCCAGAUGCCAAACCAGUCUAUGUGACCCGAAAGAGCAUUGAAGAAGAUUCACCAGUGACCCAGAAGACAAUGUACUACGAAGAUGCGUUCGCUCUUCAAGCCGCCUACAAUCCGCCCAAGGACCGUGUUGUUCAGGAUUCCGCGGUAAUUGCUGAGCUGGCAACCAACCGCAAGGCCAAAGAGGAAGACUCCAGGCUGGUCUCGGAUAUCGCCUCUCGUCUGGCUCAAAUUUACCAGCGCCCAGAGUCAGCCGUACAGGUGGCGAUGCACCCAGAUAUCUCAAUCGUCUUUGCAAACGUGUUCCUCCCUUCAUACCUGCUAAAAAUCUACGCGCUUCCCGCAUCUAUCGCGCCCGUCACCAAUCUUCGCAAUACAGGUCUUAUCCAGAGAGCUCUCCAGGACCUGCUCGGUAUCCCACCAGAGCAAGGAGUCGUCCUCUACCUGCCGGUCCCUGAAGAGAAUCUGGCGACAAACGGAUCGACGGCCCAACGUGAGAUCUCUCGGCUCGACCACACCGAGGCAGAUAGUCCCGGACUGAUCAAGUCAAUCUCCCGCACCAUGAGCCGACGUUUGAAGUCCAGCAGCGGUGGGAGUGCCCCUCUGUCCCUGCCAUCGACUGUGAUGACCACCUCGCCAUCGACCCUGACCAACUCCAACCAAUCCCCUCUGAGAGAGACAGCGCAGGGUGAGGACAAACCACGAGGACGCACCCUCAAGAAGAGAGAAUCCCUGAGAAGCAUUGUGCGUCGUCGUUUGAUGGAUAUCAAGCCUAGAAAGGAGGGUGAUAUCAAGUAG